AUGUUUCCAUUUAAGAAAGUCUACAACGCACUCCAAAUUAACUCUUCAUCAUCAAAACAAAGCACAAAGAGGCCCGACUCAAUAUCCAUUCCGCUUCGCCAGCUAUCGAUACGUACGGUCUCAGAGGACGACAACGAAGAUGUCGAUCGUCACGUGGUGCAACAACAACGCAAAGCUCCAACCCUGCCAGCAGAUGUAUGGUUUUUGAUAUUGCCACAGGUCGACUACACUGAGAAUUGUACUCUCUGUAAACAUAAGCAGCUGUAUAACCUAUCCUUGGUAUGUCGGGUCUUCAACGAGUUCGCUACAAAAGCGCUCUAUCAAACCCUCGAUUUACGACUUGAGGAUGCUUGCCUUGAGGUGCACGGGGAUUCGUUGGAUUCCUAUAACAACGAGCCAUCCUUCCUUAGAGAGAACAUUUUAAGGAAGAAGCUCGAUAGAUUAGAAAAUACGCUGCGGUCACCAGAGGGCCCAGCGGCGCUUAUUCGACAUUUGAAAUUCCCAGUGAUUGAGCUUCGCUGGAAGAUGACUUAUGGUCCAAAUGAUAUCAAUCCUGCACUAUACACUGGCCUAUCAAGGGGGGUGUACAAUUACGGCAGAGAUGAACCAUCGGCCCAUUACAGGCCGAAAGUAAGCACACAUGACGAGUCGCAGUUGUAUGUGCGUCCCGUAAUGCGCAGAACGGAUCUUGCCUUAUGGAAGAACAACAUCUCGGUUGGUAUAUUGCCGAAGUGGAUCACCAUCUUUGAACUGGCAUCAGCUCGGUUAGAGUCGGUUUUUGGUUUGGGAAGUCUGUGGACGUAUAUCCACGAAUAUGAGAGAGAUGUGUUGCGGGAGAGGCUUUUUGAUGCCAUGGAGAGGAAUCAAAAUUGGGUCGAAUGGGACUGGAGAUGGAGCUCUUGGGGAUACUCUCAACAUUCUGCCGAGGCUAUCUUGGAGGAGCCUAGACUACUUGAGAUUUUCAGCCAGAUGAAAAACAUUCGGAGCAUUCAACUGGAUAAAACAGAAUGGGCAGACAAAGUACUUGAGAUCUUCCCAGGGACCCUUGAGUCUAUAACCAUCGAAUCACUCAGGAUAGGCGGUUGUGAUUUCGAUUUCAUGUUCAAGAGGCUUCCAACAAAGGGACUGAAGUCAUUGAAGAUCAUAGUCAGCGAGUCCUACUUCAAACCGCUUGAAAAAUGCGACCCGUUCAAACCACUCCUUGAGUAUCUGAAGCUUUGCCACCAGCAAUCUGCAGCGACCCUGACAAACCUAGACUUUCAGGUCAACUGGAAUCUCUCAAGUUCCUCAUACAAACUUUGUAACGACCUAGAAGGUACAUAUCUCGGAAUGAUGCCUAUCGAAGAGUUUCUCUCAUCAAUAUUCAUUUACGCCCCACUUCUUCGCACUUUCAAUUUUGUCCUCGCAACCACUCACGAGGACGAAGUCCAAUACCCUCCGACUGAGAAGCCAAUGCCUUUUAUAGCGCACAAUCUCCGCUCAAUGAGCAUAUCCCUCCCUGCACGAAACAACAAGUUAUGGUUUGCGACCAAAAUCAGUUCUGGGGCGUUUCCGGCGCUGCGAAAGUUCACCUUCCGAUCUGCAUUUUCGCGGAACAACGGGCCGAAACAGACCUGCACAAGAUGUGUGCAUUUAGAAUGGCCUGAGAUUAACAAAUGGUAUGAUUUUGCCAGUGAGCAAGAUAACUUACUCGUUGAGGCAUGCAGGAAGGCGGGAGUGAGACAGUGGGAGAUGGAGGUUAUGAACAGACCGUGGGCAGAAUGCUCCUCAUUCACGCUGGAGGAGUCCUGUGAAGACGACCCUAAAAACCUCUAUUUUCGGCCCCCACAGAAGCACCUCACUGACUACGAUGCUGGCCUGUUCUUCUCUGGACAGUCAGGUCCUGCCUUGCCUCGUAGAAACUCACCAAAGCGCAGAAACGCAAGGGCUAUUGUGACGCCAGGUCAAACCCUGACUCGGGGAACGGUCUGCGAUGUCUUCGCCCCCACCUUUGGGAUUGGAUACUAUCAGCACCAGAACAACUCGAUUCUACUUGCAAUGAUUUCCGCGCCAAGUGCGCGAAGUCCAAGGGGUUCAAGAAUUAACGAAAGGGUAAGCUGGGAUAGCCAUUUUGGAACCAGGGCGGCGGCUUUAUAG